AUGAAGGCCGCCUCAACCGGCCUCCUGCUGGCACUCCUCGUUCUUGGAACGACCGCCUGCGACAUUACCCUCUCGCUGGAUCUGUUUGACAACAUUCAGCCCUGUCUCACCGCUUUCUCCAAUGAUGUGGCUGCCUGCUCCGAAAGCUCCGACUCGACUUGCAUUUGCCCUGUCCUUCACAAUUACCUUGAGUGCACCGCCAACCGAUUCAUCAGCACCGACGGCUGCUUGGCCACAAACGGCACCAACAUGAUCCGUGAUAUGCUGACUGAUUACUCUGAGGGCCUGUGUGAGGAAUUGGCCAACUUUGAGCUCGAAAUCACCAUCUCCGUCCCCACUACUUGCUUGCCAAGGGGAUCGGACAUCCUCACAUCCAACUGUCUGUCAGACUUCUCCAUGUUCUCCCGUGCCCAACUGCGCGCUAUGGCCCGCCGCAUCCUGGAGCAGGGUGGUGUCACCGGUCUUCGCGACGUGGACUUUGUUGUCAGCUACUCGGUCAACACCUCCUUCAGCAGUGACAUUGAUUUGACCAUCCAGUACGCCGGCCUCGUGCCUCCGGCCGCCCUCGAGAUUCAGACCAACUACGAACAAGUCUUCUACAUGGAUGUGAACGGCACCGUUUCCUUUUUCGAUGCGUCCAUCGAGCUGCCUUCCCUGUCCUUUGCCAUUGACACACCUGGAUGCUCCCUGGCUCUGACCCUGAGUGCCUACGAUGACCUGCGCAACUGCAGCCGUGAUUUCUACGAUGCGAUCGAGAACUGCGAUGGCGAGAAUGACCGAGUUUGUUUCUGCCCCGCGGCCUUUGAUUACAUGGAGUGCGCCAAGGAAAGCCUGGCUACCGUGGACGGCUGCAUGUCCUCCCCCAUUGCCAAUGAAAUCCGCGAGCUCUACGCCAACUACUCUGACAGGACCUGUGAUGCACUUUCGGACUACGCCAUUACCUUGACCGUCGAGGUGCCCAGCAACUUUUCGACCUUUUCCACUGCCCAGGUUGAGGCCUUUGCCCGUCGUCUUCUCAGCCAGGCUGGCAUCGAGGUUGUUGUUGAUGCCGCCUUUUUCGUCGAGUGGGAAACAAUGCUUGAGGCCAGCGGUGCCGUCAACAUGACCAUUUUCUAUGCCGGAGAGGCCCCACCUGCCACCUUGGAGCUGCAAGGCACCUAUGGCGCCGUUGCCUACGUGGACAAUGCCAACAGCUCGUCUAGCUACGAAUUUGCGGUGAACCUGACUAGCAUGUCGGUUGAGCUGGCUUCCGAAACUUGCAACGUUGCCCUCUCCCUCGACCUGGCCCGCGAGCUCGACAGCUGCGUUCGUGACUUUGUGCAGGCUGUCGAGCCAUGCAAUGCCACCUUUGGCGACCUGUCCACUGAAGCUGCUGUAUGCGCCUGCCCUCUGGUCUUUGACUACGUCGAGUGCGCCACUGAGAAAAUUGCCGCAACAGAGGGUUGUGUGCCUGCCGAGGCCACCAAUCAAAUUCGCGCGGCCAUGGAGAAUAUGACAGAUUUCGUUUGCGAAACUCUCAGCGAGUUUGAGAUCGAGCUCGUCUUUGCCGUGCCUGAGAACUUUUCAACCUUUACCGAGGCGCAGAUUACGGCUUUUGGUCGCACUUUGCUGAUUGCUGCCGGUAUCACAGACCUGGAGGAUGGCGACUUUACCAUUGAGUGGAGCACACCAAGCGGCUCAGGCUCUGUCGAGGGUUCGAUCGAGGUCGAGAUUGAUCGUUCUCCUUUGUCACCUACAACGAUGCCAACGGUUCGGCCGGCAACGGCACUGUCACUGGCCGCUCCGUGA